AAUGACGGCACAAUUGCCGAGGUGGGAUUGGCCGAGGCCGGCGGGGCGUCCCCCAUUUUGAGCUGCGCAGGGCUACGGCGAAGGUUGUGAUUGUCGAGCGGCUGAACUGAAGACCAGCGCAGUUGUAGGUCAGUAAAGAUGAAUGCCCGAGUAUUCAUUGGCAGACUGAGCCCAUAUGCCACUGAAAAAAACGUGGAGAGGUUCUUCAGAGGAUAUGGACGAAUUAAGGAAAUUGAUUUGAAGAAUGGAUUUGGAUUUGUGGAGUUUGAAGAUUACAGAGAUGCAGAGGAUGCUGUUUAUGAACUAGAUGGAAAAGAGUUGUGCAAUGAAAGAGUGACAGUUGAGCAUGCCAGAGCACGCAAUAGAGGAGGACGAGGAAGAUAUCAAGGUUAUUUUAGCCAAAGCUAUCAAUAUAAUUCUGGAAGAAGUGGACCGCCAAUUCGCACAGAAAACAGAGUUAUUGUUGAGAAUCUAUCCUCCAGAGUUAGCUGGCAGGAUCUGAAAGACUUCAUGAGGCAGGCUGGAGAAGUUACCUUUGCAGAUGCACACAGGCACAAGAUGAAUGAGGGAAUUGUUGAGUUUGCUUCCUAUAGUGAUGUGAAAAAUGCUCUUGAAAAGCUCUCUGGUGCAGAGCUCAAUGGAAGAAAGAUCAGAGUGAUUGAGGAACGUAAGCAACGCAGGUCUCGUAGUAGGUCUCGUUCUCGUAGUCGAAGUUCUUCCAGAUCUCACUCCAGGGGCCGCAGGUCCUAUAGUCGUUCCAGGAGCAGGAGCCGGAGUAGAAGCCGGAGCCACAGCCACAGCAGGUCCCAUUCUGAUAGCAGAUCACCUGCUCCUGCUAAGGAGCAGGGAGGUCAUUUGUCAAUGACCUCUGGAGACCAUAGAAGGUCACGUACACGAUCACCUUCUGUUGAGAGUACAGAUUAAACUUGUUGAUGUGGAUCUGAAUGGGUGAAAGUUGAUGCAAAGGGGAAAAAAAGUCUAAAAAUGCACAUCAUAAAUUUGUUAACUGAAAUUGUUACCUUUAAUGAGCUGCAUUCAUUUAACUUGUCACUUACAGAAGAAAGUUACUCAUUUACUUUUUAGAUUUCUCUAGCAAUGGAUCCAGUUUCUUUUUUACUUUUGUUAUUAAAUGUAAGGAUGUAAAUUACAUUUUUCUUAUGUACUGCUUUUAAAUAAAGAAUGUACAUAGUUACUGAGAGUUUUGUA